AUGUCUAAUAAACCUAGGGUAGAGGGUACUGUACUCCAUGCGAUAGCGUGUAAUCUAAAAUCACUUGAUGAACUCCCAAUGUUGGGUGGCCACAGUAAUAACAGUGAUGCUAAAACCUCAGUAGAGAAUCAGCAACAGCAAAGAGAAGGAGAAGAGUCUCCUUACUUUACAGAAUUGCAUCUCAGUUUCAAUACUAUCGAUAGUCAGUCAUUUAUACGUCUCUCCUCUCUUGCAACCUCACUGCAUACACUUAUUUUAGAUAAUAAUGAACUCCAGAACGUGACAUCUCUUCCACGACUACCAUUCCUACAGCGGUUUUGGUUAAAUAAUAAUUCUCUUACCAACUUGGAUGAUGUGUUGGGUGUUGUUCUGCGACAGUGUCCUUCAUUGUUGUACUUAUCAUUGCUGCGUAAUCCCUGUUGCCCAAGUGAGUUGGAUGGUCAUCUACCGACAGAAUACAAACGGUAUAGACUUUAUGUGAAAUAUAUGCUACCCACUCUCUUGCGAUUGGAUACUGCAGAAUUCACAACCGCAGAGGCGCAGGAAGCGAAAACAAGAGGCAAGUUUGCCCUUCCAGCACAAGUAAAGACUAUUCCUGCAAAUACUUUACCUGCUGCUGCUGCUAUUGCUACUACUACUACUACUACUACUAAUAAUAAUAAUAAUAAUAAUAAUAAUAAUAAUAAUAAUAAUAAUAAUAACGAUGAUGUGAAUAUAGAUGCUGCUCUUCCUGUUAAUCUUGCAAAGUCAGGCAAAAAUGAGGGUGAAAAGGAGGAGAUGCAAGUAGAUUUAUUUGCUGAAUUUGAUCAGAAGCGCCGUGAAGGACCUGGAGCUGUUACACAAUGGUUAAAGAAUCAGAAACUUUAUUCUGGAAGGGGAAGUGAAGGUAAUCGAUUCAUAGUCGAUGAUAUGCUCUAG